GUUCUGACAUCAAGGUUGAAAGCCGAUUUCCAGCAAAAAAAGAUAUAAAAUGUUUAAUUCUGAAAGAUAGCAUCGAUCAAGUAAUGAAGAAAUUCAAGCAAAAGGUUUUUGACGGCUUCUCAACCUCCCAAGCAUCCAGUGGUGGCUCUUCGGUUAAUAAAAAUGAAAUUGAAAUUCCCGAGGUUCUUGGAUCAGCAAAUUUUGAACUCAAAAAGACUGUUCGUCAUGGUUUUCCGCACUUGCCUUCUUGUCUUGCCUUUGACCCUGUCCAAAGUAUCUUGGCGAUUGGGACUAAAACAGGAAGCAUAAAGUUGUAUGGAAAACCCGGAGUGGAUGGAUACGUUUCUCAUGAUUCAGAAGUGGCCGUGACCAAGUUGCAGUUUGUUGUUAACCAGGGAGGCCUUAUCAGCGUCCUGGAAGAUAGUAGUGUCCAUUUGUGGAACCUGAAGUUGAAGUCACCGGCAAUUAUUCAUUCCCUCAAAUUCAACAGAGAAAGGAUCACGUCCAUCAAAUUGCCUCUGCGAAGCAAGUAUCUCUACGUUGGAACCGAACGUGCAAAUAUUUUGGUGGUUAAUGUAGAUUCUUUUACCAUCUCUGGAUAUCAAAUACAAUGGAAUCGUGCAAUUGGAGCUCAAAGAAAUACGCAUCCAGGGCCAGUUAUAGAAAUGAACGAGUGUCCGGAUGAUGAAAACAAACUUCUAAUAGGCUAUGAAAGUGGUCUCGCAACUCUCUGGGAUUUAAAAGCCAAAGAAGCCGAUCAGCGAUUUUUCUGUGAAUCGAAUCUGAAGUCAUGUAGUUGGCACCCAGAUGGUAAAAGUUUUACAUGUGCGUUACAAGAUGGGUCUUUGGCAACAUGGAACAUCAAAAAUUCAUCAAAGCCGUCACAAAUUUUUGCUCCACACGCUUUACCUUCGCAAGGAUCUUCGAAUAUGUGUCUACCAAUUUGCAAAGUCGACUGUCGAUGCUCCAAAUCUAGCGAGGCGAUGUUCCUGUUCACGGGCGGACUUCCAUUCAACGCCUCCAAACACACACCCAGUCUCACAGUUAUGAAGGGCAAGAGUGUCACAGUGCUUGAGAUGGAUCACUACAUCCUAGACUUUGUCACGAUAUGUGACUCUCCAUAUCUUUCAGAAUCCCAGGAACCACAAGCUGUCAUGUGUCUACUAAAGAACGACCUGAUCAUCCUUGACUUGGUAUCAGAGGGAUACCCACCGUUCGAGAACCCCUACCCCAUGGACAUUCACGAGUCGCCCGUCACCUGUCUGAAAUACUUGGCCGAUUGUCCCUCUGAUCUGGUACCCGCGCUAUACCAAGUGUCCUUCAAACAGAAGCAGAGAUCUGUCACAUGCAGCAAACUACCAUGGCCUGUUUCGGGCGGGGACUGGAAGCCUCUGCAUAGUGCAUACCCGGAAGUGGUCAUCACCGGACACCUCGACGGAUCAGUCAAGUUCUGGGAUGCCACAGCAAUGUCGUUCCAAUUCCUAUGCAAAGUGAAGACGGCGCGCGUGUUUGAAAGAAGUCGAGUGGUUGAUUCAUCAGGGACAGGGGUAGGAGGAGCAACGGGGGGAGGGGGAGGAGGAGUAGUGGGGGGCAGUACAGAGGAGGAGCCCUUCGCCAUUCAGUUGUUGGACUUCGAUGUUAAACAGAAGAUGCUGGCAACGGCCGGCAACUGUGCACAAGUGUUGCUGUUCAACUUCGCCAAGGAGGAUACUACCAAAGAAAUUACGACCAUUGAUGUAUCAUUUGAUUCGGGGCCGGCCUCUGGCAAGGAUUACCAGCAGGCAACUUUCCACGCUUCUUCCACAGAAGAGGCGCCAGUCUCUCAGCCCACCUCACCGCACCCCAACUCAGCGCCAGUUUCCCAUCAGAACUCAGUCGAGGCGUCGCCCACCGAGAAGCAUCCACACAACCUCUCCAGGAGUAUGAAUAGGAACUGUUCCACCGGAAAACUCAUUGUGAAGAGUGGAAGCGUGAAAGUGGCGGCUGGCUUCCAGAUAGACAUCUGCUGCCAAGUACUCACUCCUCUGGAAGACACAGCAUCAUCUCCCCCAUUCACAGCAUUGGCAGUUAAUAGCUUCCUCAACCUGCUCUGUUUUGCGAAUGGUUUCGGCUUCAGUGUAGUGGACACUCUGAACAAACUAGUAUUGAUGAGCUGCAUGACAUCUGAUCUCUACGGUACAAUCCAGGAGAGUCCCCCUCCCACAGGAGCCAACACCAGUGGGGGUGCUUCUUCCUUGAAGGGAGGUCUUGCAGGGAGAAAGUCGCCCAAAUUCAGAAGUGGACCAAAGGCUCAGGACUCCUUUGCUGAAUCUUGUGCGGGCUCAGACGACGGAAUUGUCAAUCCGGUUGGCAUUGAGUUGUCAUCUUUGUCGAGUGGAAGCAGCGGUCACUCCCCUCUGACCCCGACAUCCUCUAACAAACAGUCCUCUUCCUCUGCCCCCCACCAUCACGGGGGCACUCUAAUAUCCGCGAUAUCCUCCCCCGCAACCCCUAGCACCGCCGGAACAUCCUCAUCAUCUUACCACAGCAGCGGAGGGGGCGGCGGGGCCUCCUCUGUUUUCUUUUCCCACGGGGGGAGUGUAAGAGUGCACCCAAAGGCCCCCUCCAUCAAACUGAAGAGGUCCCGAUCGAGUGCGAGCAACAACCAGGGCUCGAAAAGCGGCGGAUCCCACAGUGGUGGUAGUGCCACCGGAACAUCUCCGGGAAGCGGCGGAUCAAUAGUGGGCGGCCACCUGACGUCUCCCCCGCCGACUUUUGUAGUACCGGACAAGACGGACGGUGGCUCUUCAGGGGGUCAGUCUGGCUUCAGUCGGUCCAGAAGUUCCAGCAUGAGUAGCUUGGAGAGAGCCGACUGUUCGGACGCAGUGCAGUACAUUGCCUUCAUGCACUCAUUCCCACUUAAAAACGACCCUAGCGCAGUACUUUCUAUCUGGCUCGGCACUAGUAUGAGCAGCGUUGCCUGUGUGGCUCUCAGACAGUACCAGUGUCAGUCACCCCCAGCAGUCGCAGGGGUCACUUCAGGUCAACCACCUCAAGGUCAAAGCCAACAGAGUCAGAGCAGUACGAGGAAGAUGCUCUAUUCACCAUCUAAUCUGGGUCUGGUCUGUUCCGUCAAAGGCGCUCUUAUAUCUAUAUGUUUUCUGGACUCGACUGGACAGAUUUUGAAGCAGCCAGAUGAGACAAACACAGACCGCAAGACAGGUACUCUACUGGUGACCAGAAGUGGAUCCUACUCGAAUGGCGCUCAAUCGCAAGGGGCCAAUGAAGAGUCCACGAGUGACAGACAGUUUCUAGUGCUCACAUCUGACAAAGAGGCGAAGGUGGUCUCUCUUCCGUCUCAAAACGUUGUUUUCAGACAGAAACUCACAGAAACUUCCUACAUUGUCAGGGCAGAUCCCAUUAUUCUAUCUGGCGGGGCCUGCCUUGCGUGUUACGUAGCCAAUGGCCACAUCAUAGUCUGGAGUCUACCUAGCUUAAGAGUUCUACUGGACGCCGAAUACAUUCCAUUGACAGACAUAAGAUCUAUCCUCUCCCUCGGUAGUUCCCUCUUUCAUUCGACCUCCAACUCGGCCGCCCCUCAGUCCUCAGGGGGCGGAGGCAAUGGGGGUCUCCCGCUCAACCACACGCCCUCCGUUCUCGGCGGUGGCUGUGGUAGCCUGGCGGGCGGGCCAGCGGCGUCAGCAGCAGCGUCUGACUUUGAGUACCACCUGUGCGAUAUGACACCGGAUGCCUGCACCACAAAGAUUGCGAGGACCUUUUGCUUCUCCGAUGGUGGUCAGGCUUUCUAUCUCUGCUCCCCCUUCGAGCUGCAAAGACUCACCAUCUCCUCGGAACUAUGUCGGAAGCUGCAGGAGUCGGUCGGUCUGUUCCACGUGCAACAGGAGAUGCCCGAGCAACCAAGUAGAGGACUGUUCAAAAGUCUGUUCAGCUCAGCCGCCGCUGUAGACAGAGAAGAGCUAUUCGGCGAGAGCAGUGGGAAGGCGUCCAAGGGUCUGGCCAAAUUCCAACCAGGCAAGGCUUCCACAAAUCUGGAAGGGCAGAAGAAUGCCGCCGGAACUGCCGCUGGAGAAGCUGCAAGAGCCAGAAUGGCGCUGGUCGAACGUGGAGAAAAACUUAAUCAAGUAGAAGAUGCAACUGCCCAAAUGAGAGAUAACGCCCAGCAAUUCUCUCGCAACGCAGAAGGAUUAGCAGACAAGUACAAGAACAAAAAGUGGUACCAAAUAUAGAUGGAUGAAGAAAAUAGUCACACAGGUGUAUGGCCCGCGAUAUGUCCAUAACCUUUGGCCGUACAAGCAAAGCCAGGAUGUAGAAUAUAUCAACUCUGAUGGUAUAGAGAGAUGGUUAUGUAGCUUACAAUGAGUUUGAAACUCGAAAACUAAAUUUAAAUUAUUUUUAGCCAUUUUGGAUAUAAUAUUUCUGUUGUUUUGACAUGUUAUUGCGUUUUACAGUUAUGAAAGCUGCUGUUCUAUUCUAGAUAGACCUGAUUAUUCUUUCGACGCUCGAGUUUACCGGAUUCGAGUUUGUGUUGUAGAUGCUAAAGUAGUUAAAGUUGGAUGUUUCGGCUUUCUAUAUGGUGCCAAUUGUAUAUAUAAUGCUGCACCAGGACAUUUUAUCAGCCAGCAAUCGUCGACUGUUAAAACAGGGGAAAAAAUAUCUUAAAAAUUGGGAGAGGACUGAUUUUAAAAUAUGACUUUGUUUUAAA